GUUGCUCGCUAGCAAACCAAACCAACCUCUACUGAGUAUCGUAGCUGGCAAACUAUUUAGUCGUUUGUUGCUUUACUAGCUACUUCAUUAGUUUAGUUAAUCCAACGAGUCGGCAACAUGCUUAGCUUUCUAACAACCUGUAUUAUUUAGUUAUGUGAUCUCAGCUCACGGGUUGUAAAAUUUGAACAUAUAUGUAGACCCCCACCGAACUGAAAAUCGUCGUAGCUUCAAAUUCGCAUAAUUUUGACACACUCAAUUGAAAUGAAUGCCUUCCCGUUAAAAUGUUCUCAGUGCACACUCAGCACUCAGUGAACAGGCGACUGAACAAUGGUGCAAAGUAUUACACAUCUAUAGAGUCUAGGUUACUGUAAAUUACGCUGUAAUUAUUAUUUGAGAAGCAAUACGUUCUGAGUAGAAAAUAGUAUAUUAAUAGCUUAUUAUUAUCGCGCAUAUAAUUAAUAGGCAAAUUGCAGACGUGUUUUUACGGUUAUGCAAUCUGGUACAAAAAUUUCCCAAGCUGCCCUGGGACGAGACUGCGUAGUCGUCUGAGAGGGUGCACUGCACGCUGCUAGCAGCCUCAAGCAAAAUAAAAAUGGCUGCGUGUGCAUUACGACGCGGUUUACUUUCUACAGUUAGCAAAUACAAUAAAAAACACACACUUCGGGUAUUGAAUGUUGAAUACAGCAGCAGACGUGAACUGAACAGGCUUCGUUUACCCUGUUCUGCAUGCAACCUUUUCAACGUCCAGCAGGCCCGGUAUCUGUCGUCACGAAACAGGCCCGAGGGUAAGGUGUUGGAGACAGUGGGAGUGUUUGAGGCACCAAAACAGCACGGAAAAUAUGAAACAGGACAGCUCUUCCUGCACAGUGUUUUUGGGUACAGGGGGAUAGUGCUGUUCCCCUGGCACGCUCGGCUCUAUGACCGCGAUGUCACGCCCCCGACGGGUGAAAGUAAGCCAGAGCCUCCAGGGGCCCAUGGGUCGAAGGAAGUUAAGGGCAAAACGCACACAUACUACCAGGUCCUGAUAGACACAAGGGACUGUCCACACAUAUCUCAGAGAUCCCAGACAGAGGCAGUGACGUUCCUGGCCAAUCACGAUGACAGCAGGGCCCUGUAUGCUAUUCCAGGUUUGGACUAUGUGAGCCACGAGGACAUCCUGCCCUAUAACUCUACUGACCAGAUUCCCAUUCAGCAUGAACUGUUUGAGCGCUUCCUCAUGUUCAACCCCUCUAAAGUUCCCCCCUUCAUCCCUAGGGACACGCUGCGGGCGUGGCAGGAGAAGAACCACCCCUGGCUGGAGCUGUCGGACGUGCACCGGGAGACCACCGAGAGCAUCCGCGUCACCGUCAUCCCCUUCUACAUGGGCAUGAGGGAAGCUCAGAAUUCGCACGUCUACUGGUGGCGCUACUGCAUCCGGCUGGAGAACAUGGGCGCUGAGGUGGUGCAGCUGAGGGAGCGCCACUGGAGGAUCUUCAGCCUGUCGGGGACCCUGGAGACGGUCCGGGGCCGAGGGGUCGUGGGCCGGGAGCCAGUAUUGUCCAAAGAGCAGCCAGCCUUUCAGUACAGCAGCCACGUCUCCCUGCAGGCGCCCAGCGGACACAUGUGGGGGACGUUCCGCAUCGAGAGGACAGACGGCUCCCAUUUUGACGUGCGCAUCCCGCCCUUCUCCCUGGAGAGCAACAAGGACGACAAGGCGCCCCCCGCUGGCUACAGCUGGUAGAGCAGCGUUGACCUCUGUCUGCGAUGCAACGAGAGACCCCGUAUCUUGUUCACGCCAAAUUUAUUUUCCUUAGACUUUUUUUUUUCCAUCCCUGAGAUAUUUACACUCGCUGUAUUUAUUUUUCCCUCAAGGUUUCAUUUCUUGAGUUUGUUCAUAUAAAACAAAAUAAUAAAAAGCAAUGAAGGGAUUUCAAAAGUGAAUUAAUAAUUGAGGUGGUUGAGGGGAAUUUUUCCCCGAAACCGUAGCAAUAGCGAACCUGUGAGCUUCCGAAGUCGUUGAGUGCUAUCCUGAAUGGUUAUGCCACAUGUGGGGUUUGCGGAACAAAUUCUUCCAGCUGUUCUAAGGGGUGCAAGUGGCCAGACAGGGAGUUUGGAAUUCCAGUCCUGCUGGGCUUUAAAAAAAAAAAAUAAUAAUUUUUUUUAUUGUUUUUAUUUUUUAAUACAUGCAGUGGAAUCCAAAUGUACGAUGUGUGGCUAUUAAAUAAUGAGACUAAUGCUGUAAUUCAUUUUUAAUGAAGAAAACUUACAUUUCAAUUCCUUUCCCUUUCUGCAACUACACACCGCUGCAUUCUGGUCUUCCACUGAUCAAAGCAGUGCAGUAGGUCUUCUUCCGUCGUUUUCUUCUUCACUUCUGGAACAGACUCGAAACGGGUUCCCUUGAGUGCAGACUUGAUUUUAGGGAAAAGUACCUGACCAUCCUCCCUAUUCACCCGAUCUAGCACCAUGCAACAUUUUUGUUUUCCCUAAAAUCAAGUCUGCACUCAAGGGAACCCGUUUCGAGUCUAUUCCAGAAGUGAAGAAGAAAACAACGGUGUGUAGUUGCGGAAAGGGAAAGGAAUUGAAAUGUAAGUUUUCUUCAUUAAAAUUGAAUUACAGCAUUAGUCUCAUUAUUUAAUAGCCACAUCUCGUAUGCACACUAUAUAUAUAUAUAUAUAUAUAUAUAUAUAUAUAUAUAUAUAUAUAUACACAAACAAUGAAUAUUCCCAUAACAAUUUCCCAGUUUCCUUGCAAAAGUGUCCCGUACUCUUAAUUGUCAUGGAUUAUUUCCUCCCGCUAAGUACAUUUUUGUACAUGUUUGCGUGUUCCCAUCAAUACGGACGAGGGCAGCGGGCCUGGAAGAUGAAACUAAGGAAAAAAACAGCGGGCCCCCAUGUUUCACUCAAGAGGUGACAUUCCUCACAGCUGGGCUCUCAUCUCUCCUGACAGUCAUGCGCCAGAGUUGAUAACGUCCAGAAAUCAGACCCCCCCCCCCCCCCCUUUUUUUUUCAUCAGACGUUGGACUCAAAUGUCAAUACGGUGCAUUUUGACAAAUGUCAGCAGCUUUUUCUUUUUUGGAUGAUACACCCCAGUGCAUUCUGGGUGUUUCUAAAAACUUUGUUUUGACAUUAUUUUUGAUGCCAUAACUUGUGAAUACAUUUGGAGGCCAAACCAGUACAUAUCGGGGGGCAUUUAUUUUUUAACACCCAACCGAUCACUACUUGAAUUGACCUAGGGCUAAUACGGGGGGGGCGGGCUAAGGCCUUAUUAUAUAUGAAAGCCUAAAGCCUCCAUUCUUUUUGUUCAGACAUUUGCCUGUGUGACACGAGUUCUACAUGAGGAAAAAGGAGUACAGUUUUCAAGGGUUUUGGGGGGUGGGGUCGGGACAUAAAGAGAAAAGCAUGCCAGGAAUGUAGCUCGAGCUCUGAAGUCUGUCAGUCUGAAACGGAUUGCCUCGGGCUAAGAACUGUAUCAAACCUGGAAUCAGGGAUAACCACUGUAAAUUCUCAGAAUGACACAGGAACGUUUCUCACAUACAGAUGAAAACGCUGCCCCCAAUUAUAAAGGGAUGGGGGGGUGGGGGGGUGUGUCCUGCAAGAGACAUUGUAAUCGUAGGAGAGGAAGGUUAUCGUCUUUUGACAUUUGCAGACGGAAAAAUGGGCUGGGAUUUUCCUCUGACGCUUUGCUCUUACCCAGGGUGGGAGGGAGGGAGGGAUCAGCCAGUUGAUUGAUAUGCGCAUGACAAUGCCAUGGUCUCCAGCCAUGAAGUGAAUGGUCUCCAGUGAAUGAAGAUGGUCUGUACCGUGAUAAUAAAAAAGUGAACGGGCUGAUGGCACUGUGUAAAGUGAGAGUAAACCGGUGUGCAGGAUGGAACCGAUUGCCCCCGCUCAACACGGCAGCAUGCCUCCAAACGUGCCAGCAACAGGCUUACCUAUCCCUAUGUCCUAUUUCAGCAAAAGAAGCCUGUCUGAUAUUAGCCUCACUGUCGCUGGAAAGGGUUGUGUCCAGUAGCACGGAGACUGAUACAGGAUCUGCUGCUGUAAAUUCCUGGUGUGACUCAGACAGCUGUGGUCCUUUAAAUGGGGGGCGGUAAUGGUGAGACUGGGGGGGAAUGUUCUGGCUUGACUGAGGGCAGUGGCAGUGGGGAGGGGGAUCGAUGUGCGUUGGGUUGACGCUCUGCUGAUAAUGUUGUGGAGAGGAAAACUGUCCUGAACGCUCCUGUUUAUUUAUUUUAUUUUUUUUCCCCGACUAAUGAGAUGACUUUUGAUGGAGGACUGAAAUGUACAUGUGUGAAACUGUUCUUGCCAUAGCGUACGUUUCUGUAAAUAUGGUUCCUAAGGACAAAAAUAAACAUUUUUGGGGGAAAAAAA